GCUUUAAUUUGAACGGACGCGCGAUGCGGAAAAUCAUUACAAACCUCUCGUGGAGGAACUGCGCGCCGCGUUGGAACUGGCUGCAGUUUCGCAAGUUCAGCGCGCACCAUUUCCCGGACUUGUUGUUGUAUCACGACCGGCACGUAGAGAAAUCCUCGGGGUUUGCGUUUGACUUCCGACGUCGCGGUUCCCAUUUCUCGGAGCGCGGCCGCAUCCUAAAAUCGCUUCGUCCCCACAUUUGUCAUCUCAUCACGUCGAAAACUCUCGCGGAAUUUUGUUUCCAAUCAGGUACACGCGCUUGGGAAUUAAUGCCUGUCGCGUACGAUUUUCGAGACGGGUCCUUUUAUCCCGUCUCCUACGCGAAAUCGCGAAGAAAAAAGCUCCGCCGUGGCCCGACAGAGAAAAUUUUGCCGCGUUAAAAGCAGUCAAACGCGUUAUCGGCGCGGCUUGCUUACGCUCGAUUAUCGGCCCUUUUGCACGACUGAUCUCGUGACCCCGAGAGGAUCGUACAUGAAGCGGCCUCGCGUACGUGUGCACAUGUGUCACCCCUUUGAACUUCCUGUCCGAGUACGGCAAAAAGAGCAGAACGCCGCGCCGGCCGGGAGAGAUAGAGGCGUUUCUCCGCCCUCAAGAAAAUCACGUCCACGAAGCGUGGCACACACGGUUAGUCGGGCGCCGAUAGUUCCGGAGAACGGACCAACUGUCGGACGACGAAGAGCGCAUAAACCAGAGAUCGAUCUGCGGAAUUAUGUUCGUGCGGACACCGCGCGUUAUCGCUCGAUCGUUUUCGCGGGGCGCGGAUCGAUCGCGAGUAAUUUCAGUCGUCGACGAUCGGCCGCGCGAUAUUUUGACACGUGGCGUAAUGACGCGUAUGCAUAUGCGCGCGUGUUUACCAUUUUAAAUGUAUACAGAUAUACGUGUAGGUGGAUAUAGAGGAAGAGGACAGAGAGGGAGAGUCGGAAGGUGGGCGGCGGAUAGGCUGAAAUACUUGGCUGAAACGCGCUCGGCAGUCAGGCCGGCGCAUCUGUGCCUCUUGAACGGAUGAAUUAAUUAUUGGUGUCGGGUGAAACGGUGACUUGUGCCGCACCAUUGAGCCCAAAAUAACGACGAUGGUGCGCAGUGCCGAUGAUUAUUCGUGACGAAACAAACGGACUUUUUGUCUUCGCGAACGACACGGGAAGGAGCAGCCAUGACCACUUCCAGUCUCUCGGAAGAGGAUUUAACGUACGGAGAUGGCGGCCACAAUUGGCGGAGUAUAGUUUUCGCACUAUUGGUCAUCGGUUUCGUUAUCGCUGGCAUCGUCACGGCAAUUUAUCUCCUCGGAUACGUUGACGAGCUCCUGUACUGGAGUGGCAGGCGUCUUACGUUAGACGAGUGCCUUCGUGAUGACCUGACACCGCACAGGUUAACACCGACUUGGAUAACCCAUGAAAAGUUCGUCUAUCAAGCCGACGAUGGUUCUCUCACCCUCCUGGACACCCGCCACAACGUCGUGUCCCUUUUAGUCUCUAAUCACACGCUUAGACAACUAAACGUUCAGGGCUACGAGUGCAGCGCCGAUCUACGUUACGUAUUGUUCAGGCACAAUGUCAAGCCGGUCUUUCGGAACACUUUCACCGCACUUUACACUGUCUACGAUGUCACGAAUGACCAUCAUACACCCCUUCGCCUCCAAGCAUCGCGACACAUGCAUCAGACGCGAUUGCAACAUGCCACUUGGUUGGGCAACACGUCCAAUCUCCUGAUGAUCUCCGAGAACGACAUUUUUCUUAGAUUGGGGCCCGCCGCGACGGAGGACUUUCGCUUGACCGACACGGGCGUACCUGGGAUAAUCUACAACGGCGUGCCCGACUGGUUGUAUCAGGAGGAAGUGCUGCCGAGACCGCAAGCGAUCUGGCCGAGCCCAGACGGCACGCAUAUCCUCUAUGCCACGUUCAACGACACCAGAGUGAGCGCGUUGGAGUUCCCUUGGUUCAAUAUGCCGGGUCAAGACGGAGCCGUUCCGAAUCCCCAGAGCGCGUCCAAAUCCUUUCCACCUUCCAGAUCGGUCAGAUACCCGAGACCGGGUUGGCCGAAUCCGGAGGUCGAACUAUGGAUCAUGGAACUUGGGAACUUAAGCUCGGCAAAUAACAACAACAGUACUGGGAACGUCACGGAGCCAACGAAAAAGAAACUGAAACCGCCGCCGUUCUUGGACGAACAAGAUUAUUAUCUGAUAUCGGCCGACUGGGUUGGCGACGACGCUUCGCAGAUCGCCGUCGUUUGGAUGACGAGGAUGCAGAACCUGUCUAUGGUGUCGGCUUGCCGCGCUCCCAUGUGGGAAUGUGAGGAGACUCAUUCGGAACGAGCACCCGAAGGACUGUGGCUGGAUGCUCAACCGCAUCCUCUCUUCGCUCCGGACGGCGACAGCUUUCUGCUGUUGGCCACGGUGCAGGAAGGUGACAAGGAGCAUUUCACGCAUAUAAAGCACAUCACGCUAAAAAAACAAAGAAUAGCGGUGCUCUCCCAUGGUCGUUACGAGGUGAGCGAGAUCUUGGCGUGGGACACUAAGGCGCAUCUCGUGUACUAUCUGGGCACUAGAGAGAAGAAACCUGGCCAGAGACAUCUCUACGUGGUACGCGAUCCCGCCGCGGACGAUCCCCGUCACUUCGAACCGUUGUGCGUGACAUGUGAUCUUGGAGACGUUCUUUGGAGCAGUAGGUUCUAUUAUACGAAUUGCACACAUUUCGGUGCUUCGGUCAGUCCGUCGAUAGACAACGACACGCAGGGUUACUACGUACUGCACUGCGAAGGUCCCGGCCUUCCUCUCGCCGGCGUGCACAUGAUGUCGACGCAUAAGAUGAUUCGCGUGCUGUACGACACAAGACUACAACGGGCGGACAAAUUGUCAGAGCUGGCACUGCCUACCAAGCGAAACUUCGAGGUGCCGCUAUCUCAAGGUUGGCGGGCUCAAGUGCAACUGCUAUUGCCUCCUUCGUGGCGGGAAGAGCUCAGGGACGCGGCGUUUCCCGUGCUCGUCGAGGUGAACGGCCGUCCCGGCAGCGAGGCCGUCACCGACAAGUUCCAGAUGGAUUGGGGAACGUACAUGUCGAGUCACAACGACGUGGUCUAUGUGAGAUUGGACGUACGCGGCGCCCGUGGUCAGGGAAAGAAGGAUAUAUUCAGGAAGAUAGGCGGCGUCGAGGUACAGGAUCAGCUCACUGUGCUACGACAGCUUUUGAAAACGCACAAGUAUCUCGACGUCACCAGAGUCGGCGUAUGGGGAUGGGGUUACGGUGGAUACGUGACCGCUAUGGUCCUCGGUAGCCAGGAAAAUGUUUUCAAGUGCGGCGUCGCGGUGAAUCCAAUCGCCGAUUGGAUGUAUUAUAAUUCCGCGUUUACGGAACGAGUCCUCGGUGCCCCAGUUGAGAACUACAAGGGCUACGUGGAGGCUGAUCUUACGCAACGGGCGAGAUUGGUACCCAGUGGCAGCCUUUAUCUUCUUCAUGGCCUAGCCGACCUUACAGCGCCUUACACGCACGGCAUUGCCUUCGCCAAGGCUUUGUCCGAAGCGGGAGUCAUCUUUAGAUAUCAGAGUUACGCGAACGAAGAUCACGCCCUGAGGGGUGUGCUCGACCACGUUUAUCGUUCCAUGGAGGACUUCCUCGCCGAGUGCCUCGCCCUGGAUCCCUCCUAGUGCCUCAAGCCGAAGAACCCUUUGUUGUCUCUAGUGCGUCUAAUUCCGAUACAUCCAGAACGGACGUUAAUACGGAGACUCGUCCUCGAAGUCACGGCAAUUACACUCGUAAACGGGAUGAUUUCCUCGUUUAGAGCCUGAAUCGCGAUAUAAAUCAGACCGUUGGUUAGGAAGAGAGCGAGAACAAUCGUUUAUUCGAAAAAAAUGAAGAAAAGAAGAAACGCCGUUUGACGUGCGUAUGUACGAGUUUAUACGACAAAGAGACGAAGAUUGACAGAAAGAAUUGAAAACAUGAGAGUCAAGUGACAUUCAUAGCAAUAUCGUUAUAACGUAUUCAUUUGCCUAAAGAUUCCUUUACUACGAGGAAACCACUCAUUUUUCUCUCUGGAAGCGCACCUAGCGAUGCUUAACAUCGCCAGACCGCGAGAGAAUCUAGAAAUCACGAAGGAUAUCCGAUGAAAACGAGGAGCGAGACGGAAUCGCCUUGACGGAAUUUUUGUACAUUAUCGAACAACGCCGCUCGCGUUUCCUGCGCAAAUUUAACAUCUUCGAUAGUUCCAUAAUCAGUCAUCGUAAAUUUUCACCGAACAGCGCGAGCGACUUGUUCGACAAUGACGCACAUGUCGCGAAAGUACUGAAGGGACAAACGCGCGUACAUGCCAUGAAAUCGAUAUCGGGCGAGUUUCAAGAAACGAACAAAGAGAAGACGAGGCGCAUGUUCGAAGGCGCAGACCGAAUUACUAUUACAUGCGGAGCUUAUCGACGGCUUGCAAAAAUUCGCGUCGUUCGCGUAGCGCCAUCGGGACAACGUUGUGAAAUCGACGCCGAGUGUUUGCGAGCUCGUCAUUAACGUCUUGCUGUGUUCCAAGUCCCAAAGGCGCUCACAUAGGAAAGGCCUGAGAUUUCGUAGCGAGCGACUAAAGGCGAGAUUAAUACGGAUUAUAUAACACUUCAACGUACAGAGCUUAUCGGGAGUCUGCAAACUUGCACUUUUCUUUAUUUCCCACUUUCCAGACGGAAUUGAUCGAAUCACGGUGCUCGAAUAAGUGGAAUAUAUAUAUCUCGGUACGGGGGACCCCGGCUCUGCGGACCGCGAUCGACGCUUUACGGCGGUAUUGAGGAUCCCCAGAUCUAAGAUCUCUCGAAUCGAGUUGCGCAAAAGAAAGAGUUUGCAAGCUUCCGUCUCAUACGUUCUCCUUUUUUUUCUAGCUACGUCACUGGUGCCUCCCCGAUUUUAAACGGAGAAAAAGUAUCUACGCCUAUGCGGUGACGUUCGUCCACAGGCAUCGACGUAUAUUUACUAUUAUAUAUAGAAUCCGGACGGCUACUGUGAGUUUUGUGUUGUACAGCUUGGCGCCUAGUUCUAUGUAUCAUAAUUGUUACACGCGUAAGAAGUUGUUCCACACAGAUCCUUAGUACCCCCAUCUCUCGACCCGCCCCUCCCCCUUCUCCCUAACCGUUUGAAUUUUGAAUAUUUGUACAUAUAUAUACACCCAGAAGAGAGAAAUGUGGAGCUCCUUCGACGAGGCUCCGCGCCGAUGCUUGCAGAAAUUGUAAGUGAUUCAUAGAUAAAAAGGAGCGAUAUCACUUGUUUUUAAAUAAUCGAUUUUCGACAAGAUUUACGAAAAUAUGCUUGUCGGAGCACACGUGAGAACGCGGAUCUCGUCGAAGGUGCGGGUAUCAGACUCAUUGUAUACCUCUUCGAACUACAUCGAUCGAUCCCGAAUGGAUGAACGACUACACUAAACAGACGAUAUACUUACAAUCGUCAGGACUAGCUGUCGAUCAUCGAUCAGGCGCGAUCGGCAUACGACGUUGAGGCUCCCGAGUACUUGCUUGCUUAUGCUGUACUUUCAGGUGGAACAGUGGAAGACAAGAUAUGGCGAGACAUCGUACGCUUAUUGUCACAUAUAACUGAUUUCGCUGCUCCACUAUUGUAAAAGCGAACGCUCGGAAACCUUAUGAACGCGACGUCGUUGAAGAACAACAGAGCUCGUAAACGUCUCGGAAAUAUCUGCGGCAGUGUCGACGUUUUUGUGAUACGUUUUAUACAGCUUUCAAAAAUCGAAAGCUGAAAACUUCGAGAAUCAUUGCCUUACAAUUCAUUUGCGUUAUAGGCUUAGAUAUUCUCUGUAUAUAUCUUUACGAGUCUUUUAAUUUAUAACUAAUAUAUGACUUAAUUUACUGUUGAUUUAUUUAAGCUUAAUUCUAGUAAAUAUUAGAAUAUUUAUAGACAGUUUUACCAUAAACUGAGACAAAAUACUUAUAAUAUGAGACAAAUUAUCUCAAUUGGAUUACAGCUUUUUAAUUAACGAACGUAAAAUGAUUUUGUUAUAAAAAUAUUAUUAAAUCGCAGAUAACGUUCGAGACUAUAUGUCAAUAUAAUUUCUAUUUCGAAAAUAAGAUAAUUUACGAGCCUGAAUGUUAAUUACAAAAGAGGCGCGCUCAGACGAGGAAGUGGCGCACGUCGCCAUGUGUAUGCUGCAUAUAUACCAGCAGCCCUUAAAUGCCGACAAUCAAGGCUAGUGCAACUAAUCAAACGAUAAUAAAUAGAAACGGAGAGAAGAGAAAAUUACUUAAUAAUUUUAAUGAAUACUCGUGAAUGAUCGCUACGGUUCGGGCGUAUUGUAAACUGCUACGAAGUAUCUUCAAACUGUCGCGACCGAGAAGACUUUUCGAGAGCGAUUUUUGCGAGGAUAAAAGUAUUAUAGAAUAUGCGAAGGGUCGUUAGGUCGAGAUGAUGUGCCCGCUGUCGACUGUAGAAAGUACAAAGAUGUAACGCGUAAUGGAGGCUUCGAAAAAUUAUCCGUUGAAUGGAUUUAGCCUUAGAAAGGAUUUGCUCCAAUCUUCUUUCGCUAUCUUUCGAUGUUAAACAUUGAAAAUUAUACAGUGUAAUGAAUCUUCCGAUGAAAUUAACGUGCAACGUACAAUGCGCAACAAACGUUAGGUUUAACCGCGAAUUCCUCCAUUUCGCGAUAAAUGAAUGGUCGUUUGUAGUGAAACAAAAUGUUCGUUGUCAACAAUAUCGCUUCCAAUUAUUCCCGAAUAAAUAUAACGCGAGCGAUCGAAACGCGAAUGGUUCGAUCCCAAGAAGCGGCAGAGAGAGUGACUGAUCGAUCGAUUGGAAUCGGAAAUGCGAGAGAGCCAUAGGGAGGAAAAGAGAUGGGGAGGGGGAAAAAAGAGUAAUAAUGGUAGAGCGAAUGAGAGUGAGAGAAUGUAUGCGUGUGUAAAUCACAAUCAAUUAUUAAAUAUAAUAACGGCAGAAAGUGAGGCAAAUCGUUAAACGUAAGCAUAGGGCAUCGGAAAAAAAAAUUAUUACGAAGGCAGGCACGCAACACAAGCAUGCGAAUUAUGAAAUUAAUCGCAACAAAGAAACCUUGGUAGCAGCGCAUAAGGGUAUCUAUAGCUUUUGGUAACGUAUUAUUGCCGCUAAAAAAAAAAACGUAAAAGACAAUGAAAAAUACACUCGUAUGGGCAUACAUAAAGAUACACGCAAAUACACACAUAUACACGCAAUAUAUUAAAAGAAACUGAUAACUUUCUCACGCGAAAGUCAAUAUAAGGAUUAGGCCCGUGCGAACGCAUGAAUAAAUUAAAACGAAUUAAGGACACUCGUCGCAUAGUCAAUCGAUCGGAACGAUCGUCAAACAAAACGCGUUAAUUAAACCCGGUAGUUUAGAUUUUUAAAAGUAUGUUACACAUACACAUACACACACACACAUAUAUAUUCACUGAUUUUUCACAGAAAAAA